AUGAGAUCUGAAGAACUUUGUUCUCUUUUCUUGGCAUCAUCAUUUCUAGAAAACUUCAACGAAAUGGAUGAUGUCAGUAAUAUUGAAAUCAUGACUGAUUUUCUUAAAAUUGUCGAAGCUUCUAAAAGACAAGAAAUUUCUUUUGGUCACUUCAAGAAUAUCAUUGAAAACUCAUCAGACAAUAUCCAAAAUUCAUAUCAAAACUACAUUGCGCUCUUUUUAAAGUCCUAUACAGUUGUUAUUAAAGAAAUCAAGCAACUUAUUGAGAAUACAAAGCUAAAUUAUCAGUCACCUCUUGGUAUUAUAAUAUGCGAUAACUUACAUAGUCUCGAUACGAUAUCAAUUUUUUCAAUUUCCAAACUCACAACAGAUUUUAUGAAUUGGAUCUCAGUAGAUGAAAUAAAUUCAACACCAUUACUCUUAGAACCAGAUAUAUUAUUCAACAAAAAGCCAUUACCUAAAUUCUUUUCACCAUUACCUUCAUAUCAAAUUCCAGAACAAACUCCAGACGAGCUAGAAGCAUUUCUUAAGAAGUGCAGUGAUAAAAAUCCUCAAGCCCUACUUUACCUAGCCUUGAAACAUGCAGGAGAAAGGAAAACAUCGCAAGCCCUUGAAGAAGCAUCAAAUCUCUGUUUAAGUAUAUCGAAAUCUAAUGAUGAAAGUGUUCGCAGUCGCGCAUCAGUUGCUUUAGCACAGAUAUACAAUGAAAUAGGACUUGUUGAUGAUUCGAUUCUCGCUAUAAACGAAUCAAUUGAUGGUGCAAAGAAUGUUGAAGAUCUUUCUGUAUUAAGUUCAGCAGUUACGAUGAAAGCUGUACUUGAAAACUCUCCAGAACUAUGGAAACACGCUGCAAACCUUGCAGAUCCUCAUCCAAUUGCAACUGUUCAUGCUGCUCUGGCUGAAGAUGAUGGUUUGGUCAAAGCAUUUAAGACAAAAUGGCCAUAUGUUGCAGCAGAGAUAUAUACGACACUAGGAAAAGAAUAUGCACAUAAUUUUGCUGAAUGUUUACCUCAGUCAACAAGGGUUUUGGCUUAUAUCAUUGAAGAUUUGUUAUCUAAUGGAAAAUGGAAGGAAGCUGCGGACACAUUAUUGAAGUUUGAUAUAGGAAUGACUGAAGUUCGAGCAUCUGCACUCGCAGUUUGCAUUUUAUUCAGCGAUGUGGCAGGAUUUGACGAAUCCGCACAAUUUUUCAGAGAAGAACUCGAAGAUAUUCUAACAAUAGAUGUUGGACACUUUAACGAAGUGAAAGGUACUCUUAGAAAUAUCUCAAAUAUGUGGAAUACCGAAAUUAAAGAGAAUGAAAUUCCAUCAGGAAAGAAUGUUCUCAUAGCAGCAAGAUGGGUUGUAAAUAAUGCAAAUACAGCUGAAAAGGUCGUGGCUGCUUCAAAUUUCGCUAACCAAAUUUUAGCAUCUUCAUUAUAUGAUAAAUUAAUCAACAAAGCAAAGGAAUUUAACAUUGAGAUCCAAUUGAAUCCAGUGAAUAAUAAUUUGAAUACUAUUGUCCUAGAAGAUCUUAUUAUCGGAUUAUCAAACUUAUAA